AUGGUGGCUCAUCGUCGUGGCAAUGGCCGUCCCAACAACUCGUUUGGAGCGAGGCUCGCAAAAAGAUUGGUGGGAAAGGUGCGAGAGGCCGAGAGCGAAUUUCCGCAACCCGACUAUGUGUCUACCCCGCAAUCGAGCCCAAAGAAGAAGAAAAAGACUGCCGAUGAUGACUGUGUUUCCACCCCUGUAGUAGACAGCCACAUGAAACCCAGUCCAGCACAGAUUCGAGCGGCUGCCGAGCUGCAACGGUGCUGGGAGAAGAGUGGAUUAGUGUCAUCUCCUCAACGUAGUGCCAAGAAAGAGCACCAGUUGCCCGAGUUGUCGCUCCAUCACGACGACGUGUCGACUAUUCAUACAAAUGACGCCGAAAUAGAAGAAGACAAGAGCGCCCGGUUGUUGCAGCAAUUGUGUUGGUGGAGGCAGCUGUCACCCAACGAAGCGGAGCGAAUUGCGCAGUUACCACCGUAUCAGGCGUCGUCACAUAAUAAUGUCUCGGCGAGUCAGUUCAUGAGAGAUGCCAGACAACAUCAAAAGCAGCCAUCUUCCGAACAACGAGAGACCAAGAAUACAGCCGCAAUCCACAAGACGACGGAUGAAAUGUUAAAAAUGCCGUCUUUGAUACAACAACAGCAAACGCCAUCAUCUGUCCAACAACAAGAAGAAGAGGACGAAAGCGCCACCACGCUCAGCAGUAGUUCAGUGCUACAAGGCUCUACCACUGGAGGAUCGGCCAUGCGGGAUGAGGCGGCAUCAACCGUCGAUGGCGAUGCCCUCACGGCGAAAUCACAGUCUCCCUUGGAAUUACUAGCGUCAGAAGCGUUCCACGUUGCGUCCAUUGAUACAUCCCUCUUGUUGGAUGAUGAUGAUUAUGAUUCGGAACAAAUGUCGGAUCUUCAGACACCAUCACCCAACGCUAACAAUUUCGGAACAACGACCCCAGAAGCUGACCAACAACAGCAGGCAAAUAAUACUGAGAGUGAGGAUGGUAGUGUUGGCUUGGUGGAGUCAGCGACAACUGCAGAAACUCCGACAACUAUCCUUGGAUCGGAGCUGCAAACUAAGACGCCUCCAUCUGUUGCAAGUCAACAACCAUCGCGUAGCGGUUCGAUGGCGACAACACCGACAGCUACAAUGGGGCUGCAAACUCCCACGACAAAUAGGACGCCUCUAUCGGUUGCAAGUCAACAGCAUGCAAAGGGAAGCCAAUUUCAAUGCCAAACACCCACAAGUGUAUCAUUGCAAACUCCAACAGCUACCAGAACGCCCCAAACACCAGAUUCUGAGGAUGGUAAUGGCAGCAAGGUCGGAACUGUGCAGACUCCAACAGCAACCAGAACACCUCAAACACCAAGUUUGCAGAAUGGCAGUGGAAUCAAGUUGAAUCCAAAAAACAGUUUUCAACAGGCCACACCCAACGCGAUGGGAUUAGUGCUGACUCCAACAGCGACCAGGACACCUCAAACACCAGGUUUACAGGAGGGCGGUAGUGGUACCAAGAUAAAUCCAACAACAACGGCCCAUUCUGAUUCGCCCACAACCUCGGGAUCAGUCCUCACUCCAUCAGCGACCAGGACGCCUCAAACUCCUUGUUCACUUGGAAACAAGUUGAACCCAACCGAUACAGCGCAUUGUGAUACGCCCACAACCUCGGGAUCAGUCUUCACUCCAACAGAGACCAGGACACCAAACACCCCUGGUUUACAGGAGGAUGAAAGUGGAAACAUGUUGACUGCAGAAGAGAAAUUCCAGCAGAAUACACCCACAACACCAGCAGCAACCAGAACACCUACUACAUCUGUAACUCGCAUCGCCGUCACCCCAAGAUCCGUUCGCAAUAGCAUCUUGACGACAUCCGGGAGCAGCAAAAAGACGACAUUGACAAAACCAGAUUCCCAAAAGAUUGAUCUAAAAGGCCUGUACAAUCGCGCCUAUCAAGUACGCUGGGUGCAACUGCGGGCAAAUCGACGUCGCCGAAUUCAAGCGGCACGUGAGAUUCAAUACUGGUGGGUUCACACUACUAAUACUAACGACAGCAAAGGCAGUAGGGACACUGACAAUCAUAAUGACGACAAUCUUCAGAACGAUGAGAGAGUACAGAAUGAGAUUGUAGCUGCACCUGCAGAAGAUUGCAUGGUUUCCAUUGUGGAAUCUACCAGUGAUGGCUUGAGCCUUGCCCAGGCCAAGGAGCCGGAAAACGAAGUUCUCAAGCAGGAAUCCAACGAGAGCGCUCGUCAGCCCUUGUUUUCUACCUUUUGGUGGGGGUUCCUGUUGCUCGUAUUGGUAAUGGUCGUCAGCUUGGUGGCUAUGGCGGUUGUGUUUUUGACGGAAGAUGAUUUGAUCAGGAUGUUGCAGGUAUCCAGAAACCACAGCGAGGGUGGUCCCGCUACGGGUGGUUCUUGUGAAGUUGGGGUUUGCCAGGCAGAAUUUUAUUAA